AUGACAAAAAGGACACGCUCCCACCUGGGUCUUCCCCAGAACCCGGACAACCCUCAGACAGACCAGGACAACCCGAACCAGGAUCAUGCCUCAGGACCCCUCUUCACCCAUGUGAACCCGGACGAGAACCAAGCAAUCAACCCCAAUGAUGCCCGGGUCACGAUCGAAGCAAACCAGUACAAGUACACCGAUGUCCCGGUCACCACCCUCCACCUGUCCCAGCUCACCAAUGUAGAGUUGGCCGAGGCCAUCCGGCAGUACCAUGAUCGCCGGGAAAGCAACCGCAGACUUGAGGACAUCGGUGAGUCCGAGGACUCCGGGAACAGCCGUCAAUCCCGGGGUUCCGUCUUCGACCGGAUCGGAGACAAAGCAAAGAAGAAGAAACAAAAGGAGAGUGAGGAGACCCGGUUGAAAAUUUUGGCUGAAAGAAAAGAACAGAUCCGAAAAGAGGAAGAAGAAAAACUUGAGCAAAAAAUCGCCCUCCGGAUCCAACUCGAGGAGGAAAAGUUGACAAAAGGAUCCCGGUCCAAGCGCUACCGGAAGGAAACAACACCCGAACUCAUCUCGGAUGAAGAGGAUGAGAGACCGGGGCAAACCAACCUCAGAGACAUGAUCAAUGAACUCAACCGGAAAAUCGGGAAUGAUGCCGGGCUUGAAAUUGGGGGAACCCUGACUCCCUUCAGCCACUCCUUGGAAUCCAUACCCCGACAAAAGGGUAUGAAACACUAUAACUUUGAAUCUUUCAAUGGACUGGGAGACCCGGAGGAACACCUGCACUACUUUGAACAGAUAGCCUUGAUCUACUACUACAAUGAUCUGACCAAAUGCCGCUUCUUCGCAUCCACAUUCAAGGGAGGGGCCCAGAGAUGGUUCAGCCGGAUCCCCUCCCGGAGCAUCGGGUCUUGGAAAGACUUCAGGGAAGCCUUCCUCAGAAGGUUCCGAGCAAACAAGACACAUGAACUUCAUAUGUGUCACCUGGAAACGGUUCGACAGUAUGACAAUGAGGCACUCUCAGACUACAUGAAACGUUUCCAGGAAGCAAUCAACAAAAUUUCCAACCUGGAUGAGCGUGAGGCUCUGAGCAUAUUCCGAAGGAACCUGGACCCGGAACAAAAUGAGAGAUAUGUGGUCGAAUUGAUCAACAAAGAACCCCAGAGCCUGGCAGCUGCCUAUGCCAUGGCCGCAAAAUUCAUUAAGGAGACCGAUGUGCUCCAAGCAAUGAGGAUGACCCGACAGGGCAGUUCAAAAGGAAAACAAAUCGAAGAUAGACCCAGGAAAGAAUAUCACCAGGAUAAGAAAUUCAAACCAGACAGACAGACCAACUUCAUCCAGCAAUCAGGUUCUAAGAGAACCAGCCAACAAGGAUCCGGGUCCAGAAGUGACCACGGUCCAAACAAAGCAACCAGGGAACCGAAACCAGAGCCUGACUGGACUCCUCUGAAUAGGUCCCGCGAGGAUAUACUCAAGGAGGUCCGGGACAAACCCUUCUACUACCCACCAAAACCCAUGCAAACUCCUCCUGAAAGCAGACCUACCAACAGGCACUGUGACUAUCAUGGCACCCAUGGUCACAAAACCGAGAACUGCAUAUCCCUCAAGUAUUUCAUCGAAGAACAGAUCAGCAAAGGAAACAUGGGGCAAUAUGUAGCUCGGAACACAGCCGACAAAACAGGAGGAUCCGGGAAGCAGAAAAACAUUGUCAACGUAGUGCUGGGAGGAUCCUGUUCCCCUCCCCCUAGCCCGGGCUCCUGUCAAGAAGUAAUGUCCAUCCAAGCCUACCCCGAACAAGUGAUUUCCUUCAGCAGCAAGGAUUUUGAAGGAGUCACCCGGGGUCAUAAUCAAGCCCUGGUAGUAACCCUUGACAUGGCCGAAAACGAAGUAAGGAGGAUCCUGGUGGACAAUGGCUCUUCAGCCAACAUUCUGUUUAAACACACCAUGGACCGAAUGGAGCUAGGGAGUAUCCGGAUGAACGAUUACAGGGAAGACCCUCUGUACGGAUUCGGGAACAGCAUCGUCCCGGUCCUGGGCACACUCUACCUCCCGGUCCGGUUCGGAACCCUCCCAACCCAAGUCACACAUACAAUCAAGUUCUAUGUCACCGAUACACCCUCCCCUUACAACGUGAUCAUCGGCCGCCCAGGUCUGAACAAGAUUGAAGCCAUCACAUCCAUUCCACACCUAAAGUUCAAAUUCCCAACCCCGUUCGGGAUAGGAGAAGUCAAAGGAGACUCGGAGACAGCCGGGGUAUGUUAUAGCCAAGCCCUGGUCAUGGCAGAAACACACCUGGACAACAAGAGAAAGGCAACCGUUUUUCAAAAACAGAAGAGCAACAAAAAACACCGACCUUACCCGAAAACAAAUCCCAAAGGGGAGGUCCAGGUGAUCGACCUCAACCCGGGUAACAUUAACCCGGGAGCAACCAACCCUGAUCGGCUGAUCCCGAACAAAGCAACCAAAAAGCAACCAUAA